CUUGCCGUUGCACUUUUAAUCCCCACCUCCCAGAACUUACAUGCAGAGAGCAAAGGAGAAAAAGGAAGGGUGAAAGCCCAGAAGCCAACUUCCACUUCGGGCCGUCUGAUAGGAAGAUGAUGAACAGAUCCAGCUCUGCUGAGGCCUACUUUGCCCCUUCCAUGAUGUCCUUUGUUGGGCUGGAAGGCAGCAGCCUAAAGCACCAAACUUGGGAUUGGGAGACCAGCUCCAUCGACGCCAACACCACCACCACCCCAGUCACCACUAGCAACCUCCAAAGCCAUCCAUUCUUCCCCAACGUGCCCUUACUGGACUGCACCCCGCCUCCUUUGCUCCCCAUGACGAACAGCUUCCCCUUCUACUCGGCGCCGCCCCUGCCCGAAUACCCCGUGGGGCUCAUCAAGAGGGAAGACGGCGUCGGUGGCCGUAUCGGGCUAAAUUUGGGCCGCAGGACCUACUUCUCGUCCGGCGAGUCGCUCACGACGAGAGGGGUGUAUUCAUUGAGCCACCAGCCACCGCGGUGCCAGGCCGAGGGGUGCAGGACCGACCUCUCCGGAGCGAAACACUACCACCGCCGCCACAGAGUAUGCGAGUUCCACUCCAAGGCCACUGUCGUCGUCGUCGGCGGGUCGCAGCAGCGCUUCUGCCAGCAGUGCAGCAGGUUCCAUGGGUUGGCAGAGUUUGAUGAGGCCAAAAGAAGCUGUAGAAAGCGCCUGGCCGACCAUAACCGAAGGAGGAGGAAGCCUCAGCCCCCAGCAACGAUGGCAGAGCCCUCGGCCCCCAACAACGCAAACGCCAGCUCCCGAGGCCAGAAGACCACCAGAGACAGCAGUAAUCUCGCCAGCACCAAGCCCACAGGUACUGUUUGUACCACAAAUGCAAGUACCAUGGUUGGACCGGAGGGCCAGCAAUACAAGGACGAAGGGCAGCUGUUGAGGAAUGGACCGGCUCUUUAUCGCGGAGGAGUCGCAGCAGGAGAAGGUGACAUGGGGCCUGAUCCCAUGUACCAAACCCAAGGACACUUUGUCGAAUCCUCCUCCUCCCCUUCGGCAUCCAACGCUGCCAGCUUCCACCACCGCAGCAACCUCUUCCCAUGAGCCCUCCCAGACCGCGGCACUCGUGAGAGCAGCAGCCUCCACCUCAGGCAGACCGUGUUUGAGCUGGGCCACUUGUGAUCGGUAGGGAAGUGUCUGUGAUGGAUGGAUGAGCGAUGGGCUACGACAAGCACUCGAGUAGAAUGCGAGUCAGCUUUGCUUUCCUGGGCCUUGGGUUCUUCUUACUCUUUCUACUGUAAAUAAUGAUUCGCUCUUUAGAGAUCCGUACUGCAACCUUGCUCUCCGUAGCAUCUAUAUC